AUGAGUUCAAAAAAACUAGGAGAUUAUAGAAAGGAUUAUGAUAAUUCUUAGCAAUUUUAUCAAGAGGGAGAUUAUAAAAUUACAGAUUAUGGUGUUUUAGAUGAUCAUACAAGCAAUAUAAUUAAAAAUAAAUAAUAUAUAUUUGAGAACGUUAAAAAUUAAGAGCUACUUGAGUUAGAAGAAGAGGAAGAGUAUUUGAAUAGAAUAAGAAAUGAAAAAUAACAAGUUGAAAACAUGCAAAGGGAAUUUUCUUCUUAUUAAAGUUUAAUACAGAAUUUACAGCAUUAAUUAGAAAAAUACUAGAAAUACAAACCAUAUUAUGAAAAAUACCAAUCAAUCAAGUAGCUACUUGAAAAAACUCUUUCUAAAUUAGAAUCAAAAGAAACUGAAAAUCAAAUUUUAUAAAACUAAAUAAGCAGCUUAAAGGACGAAAGAGAUCACCUAUUAUAAAAAUAAAUCGAAAUUUAAAAAGAAAAAACAGAUCUUACGUAGUAUGUUACUAAAUGUGAUUAACUAAAUGCUCAAAUAAGUGAAGUCAGGAUUUAGUUUUAAAGAGAGUUUUCAGAUAAAGAAAAGUAAUUCUUGAAAGAUUUAAACUUGAAGCAACAAUAUGAAACCAAAUUAAAAGAUGAACUAGCUUAAACGUAGUGCAAACUAGAGGAGGCUAUGAUUUAAAUAAAAAGAUUAAAAGAAGAUAAUUAGUAAAUAGGUUUGAAGUAGGAUUCUUAUGAAGAAAAGUACUAAGCAACAUAAUAAAAAUUAAUAGAAUGUUUGAAAGAGUUAGAUAAAUCUAAGGAGCAAAUAAAUAGAUUAUCAUUUGAAGUGUAGCAAAAAAGAAUUGAGAUAGCGGAAUGCCAAGAAAUAAAAAGAUAACUUUCUUCAAAUGCAAAUAUUCUUAAGAGAUAAGAGAUUUUGUUUGAAGAAUUGAAGACAUCCAAAGCGGAAGAUGAUUAAAGAAUAUAAUUAUUAUAAGAUGAAUUAGAUCUAAAAGAAAAAGAAUUAAAUCGCUCGAAGCAGCUAAACAUGAAAUUAUCAGAGGAGUAUGAUGGAUGCGUUCAUAAAAUAGUAGAAUUUGAGAGGGAAUUAGCUGUCUACAGAAAAGAAAAUCAUGAAUUAAAAAGAAAUCUUUCUAUUUUAAUGGAGAAGUAAUAAAAUGAAAAGGCUUACAAAGAAGAAGUAAAUAGGGUCAAACAAGAUCUUUACAAUAUAAGAAAUACAGAGCUAGAUAAGUUUAAUAGUGUGUUCGAUUAUAUAAUGUCUCCAUAAUCUAAUUUAAAUAAAUCUAAAAAUUGA